AUGACCCUAGGGGCUAACCUCCUAGAAGGCCUUUGGCCAGAAUCUUGGAAAACAGCCGUCUAUCUGCACAACAGAUCACCUCAGCAGUCAGGGGACCGGAAGACCUUAUUUCAACAGCUCCACAACUGGUUGAAAGACAACAACAGGGACACAGGCCAUAUCAAUCAACAGCCUGAUGUAACGCAUCUCAAGGCGUACGGCUGCAGGGCCUAUUCUUUGGCCAUUGAAGCUCAGGAAGGCACCCAAAAACGAGCCCUGAAGACAGCAGCUCACGCAGAGGCUGGACACCUGGUUGGAUACGAUUCUAGCAAUAUCUUCAGGAUCUGGAUACCAGAGAAAUCACAAGUCCGAAGACUCGGGGUGGUAGCCUUCAAUGAACGGAUAUCCUAUGACCCAAAAGAUCAUCCGGGUGCAAUUUCUAUUGCAAUAAGGCCACAGCAGGUUCAACUUACCGACCACAUUGAAACCGACUCUGAAGACGAGGAAUUCGAUGGAACAAGAUCUAUUCAACCGGAAGGUCUUAGACCGGAAGAAACAGAUGACGAAGGGAUCUAA